AUGCCCACCCCCUCAUCUACCACAACAAAACAGACUGGAGGGAGCAGCAGUACAGGAGAGGGGCCCAUGUUUGCCAGCCCUACCUACUCUUCUCUUAGCUCCUCUUUCCGUUUUGUCCCGGCUUUCUUUCUGGGUGUGGUGGCAGCAGUAGUAUUCCAGCUGUCAUGGGGAGGCCUGUCCCUUACCUCUUUCUUCUUGAAGCUUUUUAUCUAUGUGUCAUUUGCUCUACUGUGUUUCUUGGCUGGCAGCUUUGUUCUCCUAGUCAGGAAGAGCCCACUCAAAGUCAGCCGCUUUGACAGACACAGAAGACAUUCAGUCCAACAGCUGGAAUUCUUCAACAAGCUCAUGACUCGGUUUUUGGCCCCAGCGCAAGACUCGAACCAGAGUCGGAGGGUGGUGGUGUCACACAAUUUGGACAAAGCCCUAAAGGAAGUGUUGGACUAUGCCUACCGAGACUACAUCCUUUCCUGGUACAUUCCUUUAAGUCGUGAUGAAGGCCAGCUGUACUCCAUGCUGUCGGAGGACUGGUGGCAGAUGAUUGGCCAGUUGAGAUGUCGACUUGCUGACAUAGAUCUCGUUAACGUGGUGUGUUAUGACACCAUUCGAAUUUUACAUACACAUUUCACUGGCCUCAAGGCUGCAUCUGCAAGACCGGAUGAGGGAGCUCGCCCGUUCGCUCUCCAUCCAUGCUUGGUCAGUCCGGAGUCAGAGCUGGCUUUCCUCCGCUGUGUAGCCAGAAUAUUGCUGCUAUGUCUGCUGCCACAAAAGGAUGCAAAGUCUCACACACUACGCUGCUGCCUCACAGAAGUCAUCACUACUAAAGUGUUGAAGCCUUUGGUGGAAGUUCUUAGCGACCCCGACUCGAUAAACAGAAUGCUGCUGUCUCAAAUGGAGCAGCGGGAACAGCUGGCCGAGCAGCAGAAGAAAGCUUACACCUACGCUGCCUCUUAUGAAGACUUCAUCAAAUUGAUAUCAACUUCCACAGAUGUCAUUUUCCUCAAACAACUCAGGUAUCAGAUAGUGGUAGAAAUUAUUCAUGCCACUACCAUCAGCAGUCUGCCUCAGCUCAAGAAACAGAAAGAGCGAAAAGGCAAAGAAUCUGCAGCCAUGAAAGCAGACCUGCUAAGGGCCAGGGAUAUGAAACGAUACAUUAAUCAGCUUACUGUUGCUAAGAAGCAAUGCGAGAAAAGAAUCCGUCUACUUGGUGGACCAAACUAUGAAAACAACGAAGAUGGAGGAACCGAUGACAGUGAUGAGCCUCUAAGCCAAAAGAUUCUGCUUUUCGAUGACAUCUUGUGCAAUCCAAGUUACAGGGGACAUUUCAGAGAUUACAUGGAGAGAGUUGAUAAAAGAGCUUUGAUAAGCUUCUGGGAAUUGGUGGAAACGCUGAAAACUGCCAACAAGAAUGAGGUGGCCCAAAUCGUUGGAGAAAUUUACCAGAAGUUCUUUGUCGAAAGCAGAGAGAUUCCAGUGGAGAAGGUUUUGUUGAAAGAGAUCCAACAAAGUUUAGUGGGAAACAGAGGAACUCAAGUCUUUUUGAGACUACAGGAACAGGUGGCGGAGACAAUGAGGGAGCGGUACUACCCUUCCUUCCUGGUUUCGGAUCUCUAUGAAAAAGUCAUCAGACGUGACGAGCAGCACUGCCAAUCACAGUGUAGCACUGAGGAGAAGGAAGAAGGGUGUCGGGGCCUAGAUGCGGGUGAGGAGCUGUGUGACGAGGGUAGUAAAGGAAUCAAUGAACAGGCCAGCUACGCUGCCACAAAACUUCGUCAGCUGUACGACAAAUUGGAGUACAAGAGACAAGCCCUUGGUUCUAUCCAGAAUGCACCCAAACCAGAUAAAAGGAUUGUGAGCAAGCUAAAGGAGGAAAUAGGAGCCAUGGAGAGAGAGCACUGUGAACUUCAGCAACAUAUCACCAGGACCGACUGGUGGUGUGAAAAUCUGGGUCACUGGAGGGCUAACAUCACUACUGCUGAAGCUACAGAGGAAGGUGGGGAGACUGUAGCUUGUUACAGUGUGUGCGUCAACCUGGCGGAAGGUGAGGAGGCGGUGAACAGUCGCUGGAGCGUCCAAAGAAAACUCACUGAGUUUCACAUGUUGCACCGCAAACUGACUGAGUGUUUUCCGUCUUUGAAGAAGCUCCAGUUACCAUCCCUUAGCAAACUUCCUUUCAAAUCCAUUGACCAAAAGUUUUUGGACAAGAGCAAAACUCAGCUUAAUACCUUUUUACAGCGGCUACUUACAGAUGAGCGGUUGUGUCAGUCAGAGGCGCUCUACGCAUUCCUCAGCCCAUCUCCAGAGCACCUCAAGGUGAUGUCCAUUCAGAAGAAAUCUUCUUUCUCUCUGGCCUCCUUCUUGGAGAAACUUCCUGGGGACUUCUUUUCUCACACUGAGGAAGAGGCGGAUGACGACAGCGACUUGUCAGAUUACGGAGAUGAGACAGACGGGAGAAGAGAUGCUCUAGCUGAACCCUGCUUUAUGCUCAUUGGAGAAAUAUUUGAACUCAGAGGAAUGUUUAAAUGGGUGAGAAAGACUCUUAUUGCACUAGUCCAGGUGACAUUUGGACGAACGAUCAACAAACAGAUCAGGGAUACAGUGAAUUGGAUCUUCUCUGAACAGAUGUUGGUCUGUUACAUCAAUAUUUUCAAGGACACCUUUUGGCCCAAUGGGAUUCUGGCACCGCAUGUCAAUGUACGAACUGAUGCCGAGCGCACUGAAACAAAGGAACGAGCUCAACAAAAACUACUUGAAAAUAUUCCAGAUGCAUUGGCAAAUCUAGUUGGCCAACAGAAUGCCCGUUAUGGAGUCAUCAAGGUCUUCAAUGCCCUGCAGGAAGCUAGUGCCAACAAACAUCUUCUCUAUGUCUUGAUGGAAAUGUUACUCAAGGAAGUGUGUUCUGAACUCCGAGCAGAAGUUGAUAUGUGA